AUGUCUUCAUCAUCCUGUGCGUUUUCCUUCAGGGUAGUGAUCUGCCCAGAGUCACCCCGAGCAGAGUCUUCAUCUUCCAUGGGAUCCUUCAGUUUUCAGGACCCAAUGCCCUACCUGGCGGCGGGGAUGAGGGCCGUUGUCCAGGAUUGCGUCAGUAAGAGCUUCACACCUGCAGAAUUGAGGACUUGGAAUAUGCUCUCCAGGACCAGGAGGAAACUUAGCCUUCGCAUGAGUCCAUCCCUAACGGUGUUCUGGGCGAUGGGGUUUGUGGUACGGUGGGUGUUCCUCAUGCCAGUGCGGGUGUUGCUGCUGGUUCUCAGUCUUACUACCUUGGUAGUCCUGUGCUCUGCAGUUGGUCUUCUUCCCACCAGCGACUUCAAGCGACGCCUCAACGCAGGUGUCGUCACCUGGUGUUUUGACUUUAUUGCUGGAUCACUCUCUGUUGUUGCCAGAUUUCACAACAGUGAGAACCGGCCCACCCAUGGCAUCGUAGUGGCCAACCAUACAUCACCUAUUGACUCCAUGGUACUGGCUACUGACCAGUGCUAUGACAUGGUGGGGCAGAAGACUAAAGGCAUCCUGGGAGUGUUCAUGAUGGCACUGUCCAGGUCUUCAUACCACAUCUGGUUCGACAGAUCAGAGGCCAUGGAAAGAUCCAGGGUCUCGAAAAUGAUUGAGAAACACGCUCAAGAUCACACAAAGCCGCCCAUCCUGAUGUUCCCUGAGGGAAUCUGCAACAACAACACCGUGGUUCUCCAAUUUAAGAAAGGCGCAUUUGAGAUUGAUAGCGACAACUUCCCCUCAAUAAGAUACGCUAAAAUUACACAUUCAAAAGAUGCCAUUGAAAUAAAGUGUUCUCUUGUUUAUGCACACAAUCCAGUACAGUAUUUGAAGUUUUUUUUCUAUUUUACUAGAGUGAAGGCACUGAUAGCCCACCGAGGAGGGUUUGUGGAACUAGUGUGGGAUGGUUUUGUCAAGUAUACCAAGAGCCUGGAGCUGAAGCAGGACCAGUGGAGGAAACGGCAACAAAUUGAGUUUGUGAGACACUUUAAUCUAAGCAAUGCCCACAAAUCAAUUGAAAAAAUGUUUUAACCAGAAUUAUACACACAGUUUAAUGGGAAACAGCUAAACCCAUAGAGAUCAUACAACACCUGGAAGGCAAUCAGGCUCGAUCCAAGAAGACAGAGCUUCAGAUCCUUGCAACAAGGCCCUGGUGGUUUAGAGCUUGGUACUGAUUAUAAUAAUCCUGGCAACAAGAGCCCUUCACCAGUAUCAAGAUUCCUUAAAAGGUGUUAGCUAGAAUGGGAGUAACAAUUUCUAGAAUAGUAGAAUUCCUCUCCUGUCUGGGUUCUAGCAUUAAAUUUAAGUGGAUUAACCUCUAAGCAGAUUUUCAUAUUCACAUUAAAAUAAAGGCCUACUUUGAGGCGUAAUCCUGCCUCUUUAGCUGGUAUUACUUCCUUUCUAUUGAAUGAGUGCAAGAAAUUGCCCAUUCAACUAUUUCAACAACCUGAUACUGCACACAAGUCCAAUUUAACAUCAUAGGCAUUCCAGUUACUAAAGCACCUUUCUUCUGUUCAUUGUCACAACAAGCAUCUCCUACAUAACACCUGCCAUUUAUUUUAAAUCCAUGGAGGAAAAAAAUUAAAUUUUACCCUAUUUCUCUUCUAAAGGGGCAACUGAUAUAUCAGAUCAUUAUUUAGUAAGAGUAAGAGGUAGACGGGACAAGAGGAAAAUGGCAACAAGAGAGAGGUGGAAGUGUAUAAACUAAGGGAGGAGGAAGUUCGGAUGAGAUAUAAGCAACUAUUGGCAGAAACAUGGCCUAGUGCAAGUAUGAGUAGUGCGAGGGUUGAAGAGGGUUGGAAUAGUUUUAAAAAUGCAGUAUUAGAACGUGGGGCAGAAGUUUGUGGUUAUAGGAGGAUGGGUGCAGGAGGAAAGAGGAGUGAUUGGUGGAAUGAUGAAGUAAAGGGUGUGAUAAAAGAGAAAAAGGUAGCUUAUGAGAGGUUUUUACAAAGCAGAAGUGUUAUAAGAAGAGCAGAGUAUAUGGAGAGUAAAAGAAAGGUGAAGCGAGUGGUUCAAGUGUGUAAAAGGAGAGCAGAUGAUAGAGUGGGAGAGGCACUGUCAAGAAAUUUUAAUGAAAAUAAUAAAAAAUUUUGGAGUUAAACAAGUUAAGAAAGCCUAGUGAAUGAAUGGAUUUGUCAGUUAAAAACAGAGUAGGGGAGAUAGUAGAUGAGAUGGCAGGAAUAUUUUGAGGAACUUUUAAAUGUCAACAAAGAAAGGGAGGCAGUAAUUUUAUGCAUUGGCCAGGGAGGUAUACUAUCCUUCAGGAGUGAAGAAGAGCAGGAUAUGAGUGUGGGGGAGGUGCGUGAGGCAUUACGUAGAAUGAAAGGGGGUAAAGCAACUACAACUGACAGGAUCAUGACAGAAAUGUUAAAAGCAGGGUAAGAUAUAGUGUUAGAGUGGUUGGAACUUUUGUUAAAUAAAUGUAUGAAAGAGGGGAAGGUACCUAGGGAUUGGCAGAGAGCAUGUAUAGUUCCUUUAUAUAAAGAGAAGAGAGGACAAAAGAGAUUGUAAAAAUUAUAGAGGAAUUAGUUUACUGAGUAUACCAGGAAAAGUGUAAGGAAGGGUUAUUAUUGAAAUAAUUAGAGGUAAGACAGAAUGUAGGAUUGCAGAUGAGCAAGGAGGUUUUAGAGUGGGUAGGGGAUGUGUAGAUCAAGUGUUUACAUUGAAGCAUAUAUGUGAACAGUAUUUAGAUAAAGGUAAGGAAGUUUUCAUUGCAUUCAUGGAUUUAGAAAAGGCAUAUGAUAGAGUGGAUAGGGGAGCAAUGUGGCAGAUGUUGCAAGUAUAUGGAAUAGGUAGUAAGUUAGUAAAUGCUGUAAAGAGUUUUUAAGAGGAUAGCGAGGCUCAGGUUAGGGUGUGUAGAAGAGAGGGAGACGACUUCCUGGUAAAAGUAGGUCUUAGACAGGGAUGUGUAAUGUCACCAUGGUUGUUUAAUAUAUUUAUAGAUGGGGUUGUAAAAGAAGUAAAUGCUAGGGUGUUCGGGAGAGGGGUGGGAUUAAAUUAUGGGGAAUUAAAUACAAAAUGGGAAGUGACAGUUACUUUUUGCUGAUGAUACUGUACUUAUGGAAGAUUCUAAAGAAAAAUUGCAAAGGUUAGUGGACGAAUUUGGGUGUGUGUGUAAAGGUAGAAAGUUGAAAGUGAACAUAGAAAAGAGUAAGGUGAUGAGGGUAUCAAAUGAUUUAGAUAAAGAAAAAUUGGAUAUCAAAUUGGGGAGGAGGAGUAUGGAAGAAGUGAAUGUUUUCAGAUAUUUGGGAGUUGACGUGUUAGUGGAUGGAUUUAUGAAGGAUGAGGUUAAUCAUAGAAAUGAUGAAGAAAAAAAGGUGAGUGGUGCAUUGAGGUAUAUGUGGAGGCAAAAAAUGUUAUCUAUAGAGGCAAAGAAGGGAAUGUAUGCAAGUAUAGUAGUACCAACACUCUUAUAUGGGUGUGAAGCUUGGGUUGUAAAUGCUGCAGCGAGGAGGUGGUUGGAGGCAGUGGAGAUGUCCUGUCUAAGAGAAAUGUGUGGUGUAAAUAUUAUGCAGAAAAUUCGGAGUGUGGAAAUUAGGUGUGGAGUUAAUAAAAGUAUUAGUCAGAGGGCUGAAGAGGAUUUGUUGAGGUGGUUUGGUCAUUUAAAGAGAAUGGAUCAAAGUAGAAUGACAUGGAGAGCAUUUAAAUCUGUAGAAGGAAGGAAGGCAGGGUAGGGGUCGUCCUCAAAAAGGUUGGAGGGAGGGGAUAAAGGAGGUGUUGUGGGCAAGGUGUUUGGACUUCCAACAAGCGUGCGCGAGCGUGUUAGAUAGGAGUGAAUGGAGACGAAUGGUAUUUGGGACCUGGCGAGCUUUUGGAGAGUGAGCAGGGUAAUAUUUAGUGAAGGGAUUCAGGAAAACCAGUUAUUUUUAUAUAGCCGUACCUGAGUCCUGGAAAUGGGAAGUACAAUGCCUGCACUUUAAAGGAGGGGUUUGGGAUAUUGGCAGUUUGGGGGGAUAUGUUGUGUAUCUUUAUACGUAUAUGCUUCUAAACUGUUGUAUUCUGAGCACCUCUGCAAAAACAGUGAUUAUGUGUGAAUGAGGUGAAAGUGUUGAAUGAUGAAAGUAUUUUCUUUUUGGGGAUUUUGUUUUUGGGUCACCCUGCUUCAGUGGGAGAUGGCUGACUUGUUAAAAAAUAAAAAAAUCUUCUAAUAAAAUAUUAAAGAUUGGUCAUGGUUUAGGCUCUCAAUUAAAGCAGACCUAGUAAUAAUCCAUUAAACAGGCCUUGCCUUAGGAAAAAUUGCCAAAAAUCAAACAUUACCACCACAUUACCAGUCACUUCUGGGCUGAAACAGAGUCAAAUCCUCUCCAUUUCACUAGUAUAUCUUUAUUUCAUCAUUUGAUACUAAAGAAAUAGCCAAUAAAACCAUAAAAACCACCCUAAAACCAUGCCUCAAAUUUUGUUGUAAAUCAUACUGAAGGCUAGAGGUUAGCCAUUCUCAUGAGGUAACUCUGGGGCAGGAUUUUUUGUUGUUCACACCCACCUGAAACCCAUUCUUUCAUGUCUAGGCUAAAGUUUACUGGUUACAGCAUAACUGAGGGUGCUACAAUUAAGACUGAGAUCUACAUUCGAGACAGUGAAAAGGUUAACUGUAGGUUCUGCAAAUAUGUAGAAUUUGGGUGAAAUAUGUAACUUGAUUUCCCAUGCCCAAAUUUCUUAUGAACUUAGGGUAAUUCUCACUAAUACCAUUAAGGUUAAGGAAAUAUUCAAGGAUAACAUCUCAUAUAAAAAAUGAACCGAAAUCUCGAACAAAAAAUAUUGUACUGAAGACAUUUAAUAACAUUCACAGUUCCUGGUUUUAUGGGGGAAGGGGCACACAACUAUCUCCAUAUAUUUGUCAAUUAAAUUUAAAUUUUUAUUACACCUACGGUUAACAAAUACCUGACAACUGAUACACAAUUAAAUCAAUUCAUGGAAUUUAUUUCCGAGCCAACACUAAAAGACAAACACUGAAGAAUAAGGUGUGCAGAACAGUAACCUGUUACAGCUUGAUUAGCAAGAAUUUUUUAUUUUUUGUUUCACGUACCAGCUGCCUCCCACCGAGGCAGAGUGAUCCAAAAAAAAAAAAAACUAUUUAGCUUUUCUUUUUACAUUUAGUAAUUUAUACAGCAGGAG